GUCACCUUAAGGCGGUCCUCCCUUAGCAGAGGUUGUUCUCCAAAACAUCUGAUCAUGUUUUCUGUUCCCUUGGCUGGAUAUUGAAGAGAGCUUUUGACUCGGUAGACUUGGCCACUCAUGGUGACAAACUGUUCGAGAUGUCUGUCCCCUUUGAGUGUCGGUGUUGGAUUGGAUCAAUAAUGGGCUGGUCUGAUUAGACUGGGCGGGAUUCUCCCGUGAGUCCGGAUCAGCGGAUGCUCGCAUGACCGGUGCCAAAGGCUGACGUGUCCCUGCCGAAAGGCCGCCCUCCCUCCUGAGGGAUCGUUCCUGGAUUUUGCGGUCGCUCACCAUGAGUCUGGGGUUGGAUUCGUGCGUGGUUUUGCUGACCCAAUGCGUGUUUUUCCUGUUGGGUUGGAUGUUCUUCGUGCGUCACUUGUUUCGGGACUACGAGCUCCGCCAUUAUGGCGUCCAGAUCGUGUUUGGCCUGAACUUCACGCUCUCCUGCACCAUGUUUGAAUUGAUCAUCUUUGAGAUCGUCGACUAUUUGGACAAGGCCUCUCGAUAUUUCCACUGGUACUUGUCAUUAUACUUGAUGCUGUUCAUGGUCAUCAUCUUGAUUCCAUUCUACCUGGUCUACUUCUUCUUAUCCAAUUCGCGUCAUUUCCCCGCCCACUGGGUUCGGCCCCUAUCCUUCGGCGUGUGGUUGGCUUACAUCGGCUUGUUUUGGAAACUGGGCGAUCCCUUUCCGAUCCACAAUCCCAAGCACGGCAUGCUCUCGGUGGAGACGUGCGUGUCCCGCGUGGGCGUGAUUGGGGUCACCAUCAUGGCCUUACUCUCGGGCUUUGGCGCCGUCAAUUAUCCGUACACAUCUAUGGCCAUUUUCAUGCGCUCGGUCACUCACAGCCACAUCCAACACAUUGAACGCAAGCUCCAGCAAACCAUGGACAUGAUCACCACGAAGAAGAAGCGCAUCCUUAUGGCCGAACGCGAGGCUGAACGUCAAAAGCGACAAGCCCAACACGAGCAAGGCGGCGGUUGGUGGGACCGCAUGAAGAAGCUCUCGACGUACACGCCACCCGGUAGUUUGGAAAAUAUCCCCUUGCUUCGGCAAGACGUGUCGGCCUUGGAGGAGCUGAGUCGACAUUUAUUCGUGGAAUUACAAGAUCUCCAAACCAUGCGCGAGCGCAACGAGUGGAGUCGCACUUGGCAAGGCCAGUACUUUAAUUUCUUGGGCUAUUUCUUCUCGAUGUAUUGCAUUUGGAAGAUCUUCAUUAGCACGGUUAACAUAGUGUUUGACCGCGUGGGCCGCGUGGAUCCCAUCACCAAGGGCAUGGAGAUUGCGGUCCAUUGGUUUGGCUUGAACAUUGACGUGGUGUUCUGGUCGCAACACAUUUCAUUCGGCUUAGUGGGUGCAAUUGUGGUGACAUCGAUUCGCGGCCUCUUGCUAACAAUGACGCGGUUCUUCACGUGGAUCUCCUCGCCCAAGAGCUCCAAUUUUAUAGUGCUGCUUCUGUCCCAAAUCAUGGGUAUGUACUUCAUCUCUAUGGUAAUUCUCAUGCGGAUGAACAUGCCUGUCCAAUAUCGGACCAUCAUCACCGAGGUGUUGGGCGACCUCCAGUUCAAUUUUUACCAUCGAUGGUUCGACGUCAUGUUCCUCGUUUCGGCCUUAUGCACCAUUGGGAUUCUCUCUUUGCUUCACAAAAGAGAGUUUGAGCCUAAUUAAGGAAUGGCUGGAAACAACAGCCCAGACAUUCAACCAUUGGUGUUGAAUCGUGGUCAAAUUCUUGAAGAGAAAGCAACCGCGCCUGUGAUAAAAGCCUUUUUGGAAUCAACUGAAUGGCGUUAACUAUUAUGUGUGAACUACUCUUCAUCGGGUUCGAAUGCAUUUAAAUUCCUGCUUAA